AUGGCCGAUAGGCAGGCCGGCGAACGUCGGCCGAUCCAGACAAGCGCCGUCAUCGUCCUCGGGGCCGAGAAAUGCGCCUCCAUACCGCCCCCCUCGCCGCCGACGCCAUCCAUCUCGGCGUACGACGGUUCGCUCUGCGAGCCGACAGACUCGUUCAGCCUCGCCGAGGCAACGGCGACGAGGAGACGGCUUGCCCGCGGGCUGCAUGUCCUCAACAUCGAGGCCGACGCGCUGACGAAUCUCUCCAAGCUGUACGAGACGGAUGAUGCGGCUCGCGACGGCUUCGACAAGGCCGUCCGCACCAUCGCCACACGCAGCGCGGCGAGCGGGAAGCUCGUCGUCAUCGGCGUCGGCAAGUCCGGACACAUUGGCAAGAAGCUGGUGGCGACACUGCAGAGCCUCGCCAUCCGAUCCGUCUUUCUGCACCCGACCGAGGCUCUCCACGGAGACCUGGGCAUCGUCGGUCCGCACGACGCGUUACUCUUCAUCACCUACUCGGGCAAGACGCAGGAGCUCCUGCUCCUCCUGCCGCACCUCGCCGAGGCGCUCCCGACCAUCAUCCUCACGUCGCACGAGCGACCGGAGACGUGCGAGUUCAUCAAGCAUCGUCCCAACACGAUCCUGCUUCCGGCGCCGAUACCCGAGUCGGAGGUGACGACGUUUGGCGUCUCGGCGCCGUCGACUUCGACGACGGUCGCGCUCGCCCUCUGCGACGCGCUCGCAAUCACGGUCGCCAACGAGCUUCACCAGAACGUCCCGGCCGAGUUUGCGAGGAACCACCCGGGCGGGGCCAUCGGGGCGAAGGUGCAGAAGAGUCGGACUAUCGGCCAUCUCGCCGUCCCGUGGUCGGAAAUCCGGGCGCCCAGCUGGCUCAGCCACGAGAGCUUGGGCGUCGACCUCUUGCGCGCCGGAUUCGACUCGAGCACGGGCUGGGUUCGAGUCGAGGACGGCGUAGUGUCGCCCGACAGGAUCCGGAAGCUUUCGAGCACCGACAUGUGCCUGCCGCUUCGAGAGAUGACGACGACGCUCGUCGGCCGAGCGGACAUGAUUGUCAUGCCAUCGGAUACGUCGCUCCGGCAGGCCGGCGACAUCUUGCGGUCCAUGGGCGAGCGAGUGGACGCAUCAGGCCAGGAUGCGAGCGACGGCGAGAUGGGGCACGAUGUGGUGAUUGCCGUGAUGGAGGGCGGGAACAUCGUCGGCGUCCUCGAAGCCAACCAGCUCGAACGCGAAGGGGUCUGA